AUGUCGACGAAAACACAAGGACCGUCAUCUCCGAGACAAUUUUUUGCGCGAAUUUAUGGACAUCUUGAGGCGAAAAAGUUUGACGGUAACGACAACAAUGAUGGAGAAAGAUCUAAACCGAAAUCGAAUUUUGACUUUCCCUCCAAUAUUAUUUUCUGCAAUAAGAACACGUUAGAUGCGGACAUCUCAUAUAAUUCAUCAAACGAUGAAAUCACACAAGUAGUGGAUGUAAAAGAAAGACCCUCGGGACGAAGUGAAGAGCAGAAUACCAAUAAAACAAACGCCUUGUCAAACAAUGAGAAAGAAAAGAAUUCGAAUUUCCUUAAUUUAAGGUUGCCGCUGUUUCACGAACUUCAUUCUAGAACGGCCAACCAUCCUAUACACUUGACUCAAGUUGCAUAUCCGUCUGUGUUUCCGCCACAUUUUUAUAAUCUGCCAUACUUUCCAACUUCGCAACAUCAUCUUCAAGGAUUUUCAGCUUUCUUAGCUCGUAAAAGAAGGAAAGAAGGACGACCACGAAGGCAAAGAACAACUUUCAGCGGUGAACAAACGUUAAGACUGGAAGUUGAAUAUCGUAGAGGGGAAUAUAUAUCUAGAGGACGAAGAUUUGAACUUGCUACAUCUUUACAUCUUACAGAAACGCAGAUCAAAAUUUGGUUUCAGAAUCGACGCGCCAAAGAUAAAAGAAUCGAGAAGGCACAGCUUGAUCAGUAUUAUCGGAAUUUCGCAAUUUCGAAUGGAAUGAUAAACAUACCAGUUUACGAUAGAAACGAAUUCUGUGAAUUCUGCUUUUGUAAGAAAACAUUUGGAUACGCAACAAAUCAUUCCUGUGUUUCAAUGAAUCCAGCUGUUGGAAGUGUUACAAAGCAACCGCAAUAUAAUGACAGGGAAAAUGAAACACCAGGCAGCACAUAG